GGUCUAAAAUUUAGGAGUUAAUACUCACACACAGUAAAUGAACUGUAGAGUUGGAAAUGGACUAAAUUCGAUAAAUAUUGUACACUACAAACUUGGAACUCAUUAUAUCUCAGACUGACAUCGAUUAGGACUUUAUAUAAUCUCUCUAAUUGUAAGCUAUUACACAAUUUAGACGAGGUGGGUGAUUUGGACAACCCCACACGAACAUUUUAUAUAUGCGAUUUAUUAUCUACAAUUAUUGAUGUUAUCAUAUAAGAACAAUGAGUUAUGAUCAUGGACAAUACAACACAGAAGAGUAAACAUAUUAAAUCACAGAUUAGCUAAAAAAGACUACGCAUAUGAACACAAUGGCAAACGAACAGAAGACUCAAUUAGUCCUAACACCCAGGGAUAUGUUCUCAAAUAACACUCACCUGGGAUUAUUGAACAAAGGGGUAGAUUAUACCAACCCCAGAGAGUGGUAUGAUACAAAACGGAAGGCGUCGUUUAUUGAUGAGUUUGUCCACGAGUACAACCGAUCAGUUACGGAUUUUUCAGCAACAGCAAAAAAUGGCAACUUGGCUGUUUAUUUUGCCCUACCUCCUAUACAGAAGAGCAUGCAUGUUCAAGGACGUAUAAAUAACACUUCAAAGCAACAGUUAUCUAAUAAACAACAAAAGGAUUUAUUUCCAAAGGUGUCUAGCCUUGACCCUAAACAAUUGAUUAAUGGUAAAUUUGGCGAUAAGAACAGAGGAAACCAAUGUCUUGCCAAUAAAGAAUCCGAAGUGGCUGUUGACGUCAAACAUGAAUCAAUGGUAGAUAAAGUGCUUCAGGAAUCGACUUACACGGAAACCUUUAUUACAACAUUACCUCGAAUAAAUGAGGUUGACAAUAGCGAGACUGAUAAUAUUCCCAUUGUUAGCAGAAUCGAGUUACCACAGAUAAGCCUCGCUGAAAGAAAUAGGCAAAUAAAGAUAUUGAACCAUGGCAAUGAACAGAACUCUGUUAUUUCAGUCAAUACAGACAACAGGACAGGCAAUCACAGUUUAGAUAAUUUGGAAAAUUCCCUCGAUAACAUUCCCGAAGAGACACAAACUAAAUCGAGGAAGCAUGUUAUCAUUGGAGAAGUACAAGAGAAUCUCAAUCAAACACAAUACGAUGAGUCAGCAUUGAAAAUGGAGUCACUGAAAAUAUUAAAGUAUAGGGACUCUAGCACGCUUCCGCAUGCGAAAGCCCAGACUAAAAUCCCUCUGGACAGAUACAUGAUAUUGCGAGAAGACUCAAACGUCAGUGGACCUAUCGAUAGAUCACAGUAUAGACUUAAACAAAAGUCCAUGCUCAAAGUAAAAUUAGAUCAUAAAAAGUUGGAUAAACAGAGAUCAAAGAGUACGGGUGACCUACAUAAAGCACCUGAGAGAUUAAAUCUAACAAACAUUAAAUCAAAAAUCGGACAUUUGUAUAACUCUUAUACAAGUUUAUUUCGACAUGCCACUCCUGGAGAUCCUGCUUUAAGGAAGUAUAAAUCAGACAUGUUGCCUGCCAUAGAGGGUAAUCUAUUGGCCGUUGAUACCGUCCCCUGCGUACCCAUGUUCCGUUUAGAUCACGCCCCUGAUAGCAGAGAAGGAGAAGAAAUCAGCGGAGUUGGGGCAGUUGCUUUAGCAAAUACUACCAACGAACAAACAAAACAUGAACCCGUACAACGUUACAACACAAGGCAGGGUCCAGUGACGUAUAAACCAAAGGAAAGUCCUAAAGCGUCUGUUGUCAAUAUAACCAUAGGAGCAAGGCCUAGCGGAACGCCUUUAAGAAACAUGUCUCGACUUGCUGGAUGGUCUCCCAGAAAUGAGCCUAUAAACGAGGAGGUUGAGGGGUCAGAAACAGUGAAACCCCCACACAUUAAUAUUGACGAUGUCUCAGCUUCAAAAGAAGCCAGUGAACCCGUAGAGACAAACACGAGCAGAUCAAGUUCGAGAGCAUCUACGAACAGUAAAGGUAGCACAAAGUCGAAUGAUGACAGGAGUGAGAAAAUGUCCCCUAGACUUGAUUCUCCAACUAAAAAAUCAGUCCAUUUUUAUGACAACGAUGAUGAAACCAAAUCAUACGCUGGAACCAUCAGUACAAUGAGUCCUACUGGGAGGAAAUCCCAGCAGAAGCCAAAAUUGGUCCUAAAGAAAUUCAAUAAACUUGAGGUGUUUGGUGAACACACUAAUCCCAAGACAAUCCAUUACAGAUAUAAAAGUGCAUCAACUAUCGGGCCUGCUGAGGAGCCUAUAGAAUAUCUUCCCAAAUUGAGACCCCCUCAAUAUAAACUGGAUUUGAAGGACUAUCCACCAACAAAGCCUCGGAGGGAAAUGAGUGCUAAUUCAGAUUACACCUAUACCACCGAUGACUCAUGUGAUAAGACUACUGUCGAUGCUGAAAGUUAUCUAGAUAGCCAUAGCCAGAGAGGUGAGAUUGACAGUCGAUCCCCAACAAGGAAAUUUAGUCCACAGAAGCCCAAAUCGGGUUUAAGUAGCUAUAAAGGUCCGGAUCCUUCCAUGGCAACAUACAGAGACACAACAGUGAAUGUGCCACAAAGUGUCAAAAGUGGUCUUACUUCUGGUGUAACAAGCACCACGGUUGACGUCACAGAGUCGACAUUUGAACUUUCGACAUCGGAGAGUAGUUCUGAUAAAAUAUCAUCAAUUGAUAAGACAGGUGAAUUGAGUAGCAUAACCAAAGAUACUAAUGCAACUGACAGCCCGCGUGAACUUAACGAAAAUAAGGAAAGUGAAGUGGCCAAAAUCAGCUCGGUAAAUAAUGAUAAUACAAAAAAAUUGACAUUAGCAAACGCAACAAUAUCGAAUUCUGAUUUGAAGCCUGCAGUAUCAACAUCAGAUAUAUCAAGCUUUACACUUUCCGAUACAACAGUUACAUCGACUUCAGACUAGGAUAUCACAAUUUAUAUCGACAUAUAGCCUAGCUCAAUGGUAAUUUCUUUUGUUCAGUAAGCUGAUUUUAACAAUAUAUAAAGGAAUAAAAAACGAGCCGAAGGCCGGCCUUGAAGUGUUAAUAACGGAUAUUUAUAUGCAUUCAUUUUUUCUUUGAUAUAUGUAUCUUUAUUGUUAUAUUGCGAUUCAGCUGAAUCCAGGUUUUAUUUUACAUCACACAAUACAGUAUUAUUCUCAAUGUUGGAUUUCAGAAUGGAAUAUCAAUGACUGUUAAUAGUUGCCAAAAUAAAU